UCCUCCGAUCAGCAGUGAUCAGUAGAUCAGCAGCAGCAACUGGCAGCAACAGGCAACAGGUUCUCUAAGUACAUACAAACUACAAAGAAACUUCUUUACCAGCCAUUAUACGUUUGACGCGCGGGUCGUGAUCAGAUCGUAAAUUGUGCGAUAAUUGCACAUUUCAUCGUGCUUAUUCUUCUAAUAUUUAUUGACAUAUCUACAAGAACAAUACUUUAUUGAAAAGAUGCCUGCACCAGAAACUGAUAGCCAUAACCGCAUAUCUAGUUUCAAAUUCCAUAACAAACAUGAAGAGGCACGUCGAAGGAGAAAUGAAGUAUCGGUGGAAUUGCGUAAAGCUAGGAAAGAUGAACAAUUACUGAAGCGUCGUAAUCUCACUGUUAGCAAGGAGCUGGACAGCCCUACAGGUGAAACUAAUCUUUCAGCCGUUUCUGCAUCUAUAGAUGAAAUUGUUCUUGGAAUGAAAUCUUCGGAUGAAAGGAUUCAACUUCAGGCAACGCAAGCAUGCAGAAAAAUGUUGAGCAAAGAAAAGAAUCCACCUAUCGAUAUUAUGAUACAACGUGGAAUUGUCCCGCGCUGCAUUGAAUUCUUAGAUUGUCAUCACAACGCUGCAUUGCAGUUUGAAGCAGCAUGGGCACUGACAAAUGUAGCUUCUGGUACACAAGAUCAAACUCAUACUGUUAUUAAAUUUGGAGCUAUACCAAAAUUAGUCGCGUUACUGAAGUCUGCAUCACCUAAUGUCGCUGAACAAGCAGUGUGGGCACUUGGAAACAUUGCUGGAGAUGGACCAACACCUCGUGAUUUAGUUCUUGGAUAUGACGCUAUGCCUCUAUUAUUACAAUUAAUCGAACCUAAUACUUCUGUGACAUUCGUCCGUAAUAUUGUGUGGACACUAUCAAAUUUGUGCCGUAAUAAAAAUCCUCCACCUUCUUUUGAAAUUGUACGAACUGCUCUUCCAGUGUUGAACCGUUUGCUCAGUAAUACUGAUAAAGAUAUACUCGCUGAUGCUUGCUGGGCUCUGUCGUAUCUUACCGACGGUUCCAAUGAUAAAAUACAAGCAGUUGUGGAUUGUGGAGUUAUUCCAAAACUCGUAGAUUUACUUGCUUCAACCGAAGUAACAAUUCUAACACCAGCACUUCGUGCGGUCGGUAAUGUAGUUACGGGCAAUGAUUCGCAGACUGAUGUCAUAAUAUCAGCAGGUGGUUUACAACAUUUAGGGUUAUUAUUGCAACAUCAUCGUGCUAAUAUUGUAAAAGAGGCAGCAUGGACGAUUAGUAAUAUCACUGCUGGUAAUGUAGAACAAAUUCAACAUGUCAUAAAUGCCGGAUUGUUGCCACCCUUAAUACACGUUCUACAAUUUGGAGAUUUUAAAUCUCAAAAAGAAGCAGCAUGGGUUGUGACUAAUUUAACUUCCGGUGGAUCUGUACAACAGUUAGCUCAAUUAGUUCAAUUAGGAGUACUGGUACCGUUUUGUAACUUGUUAGCAGCCAAGGAUUGGAAAACUGUAGUUGUUGUUCUCGAUGGUUUGACUAAUAUUAUGAAUGCAGCUGAAAAAAUGGGAGAAGUUGAACGUGUAGCUAUUAUGAUAGAAGAAGCUGGAGGCUUGGACAAACUGGAAGCUCUUCAACAUCAUGAAAUAGAGCAAGUGUAUCAAAAAGCCAUUGCAAUGAUUGAUACUUUCUUCUCGGAUGGAGAUACCGAAGAAACAACAGUAACACCUACGACAAGUAAUGGUGGCCAGUUGGAAUUCAAACCAACUGACUCAACUCAAAAUGAUUUCAACUUUUAAAUUUUCUUAAUCAUUUGCCAUUCAAUAUGCUAUAGUGUGUUCCAGUUCGUCUUGUAAAUAGAUUUGCACUUGUUCAUCAAGAUAGAUAAACCAUCUUUUUUGUAAUUGUUUACUCAUGUUUUGUACACACCAUGACAAAAGUAACUUCCAUUUAACAUUUCUUUUUAUAGACAGCUCUAAAACUGCCAUUUCUUUACUAUUUCUCAUUCACUGCGUAUCGAAGAUUCUAGUAUUUUUCUAUAUGCAUUGGGUUUCAUGAUUUUUUAUAACAGUUGCUUUUAAAAUCAUCUGGUUUGUCUUCUUUUCAAUUCGAUAAUAUUUCAAGGAAUGUUCUCAUUGUUUUUCCUUUUAUUUACAAGUAACUGUCAUAAUUUGUUACACUAUGUGGUUAGAAAUAUCGCAAGCCACAUUAUUCAUCACAUUUUGUAUGUAUUUUUUAAUAAAGUUUUGAUACAAAA